GCUCGGUUUAUUAAGAAAUAUCACCAAAACAAAUACGCAUAUACUACUGCUUCCUUAUCAUAUACACAUUUAUACUAUAUACAAUUUCCACGACUUGGCGCCCAAAAUAGGAUUCAAUGCAAACAAAGGAUUUUGUGAAGUCUUCAGAUUGAAUAAGUCUCUACGAUUAAGAACUAUACAUAUUUAUUGUCUCUCAUCAACUGUAACUGGACCAAUUUUGAAAACAAUUAAACAAAAGCCACGAAAACAAUCUCGAACUCUACUCACCGACUUUAUUAACCUAUACCCAAGUAGUUUAGAGGGUAUAUUCUAUUGAAUACACAUAUCGCCGAAGGACGCACACAGAGCUGAGAUUUGAGAAUUGAGAGAGAGAGAGCGAGAGCGAGAUAGAGAAAGAUUUGAGCAGUUUCCCCCCACCCACCUGAGCAGAGAGACAUCCAUUCACGACGGCGCCGCUCAAACCACAGGCCUACAAAUUUGGACAGAUGUUAUGUUGUGGCUUCUGCUGUGGCAACAUGUCGAAACGGGACUACAAAGUGGCCACCACAGAUGGCAUCGAGCUGGAGCCGUUGGGCGGCGAAAAGCCCGAUAAGGAGAAGGACAAGGAGAAGCAAACGAAUGGCGUUACCUUUGGUGGCGAAUCGAGCGGCGGCCGCCAGACGCGCACCGGAGUCGCCGUCUGUUCGCAGCGUCGCGCCCUUCUCGUUGCCGGCAUCGUCCUUGGAUCCCUGCUGCUGACGGCCAUUAUCAUUGCCUACGCCGGACCCCAAAAUGACUGUUCCUGCGCGGCGAAAACGACGUCUGGCUAUGAAACGGAUGAAGAAAACAACACACAGCCAUUCAAUCCGAUUGCAACGAACGGGGAGCCCUUCCCCUGGCUCGAAAAGAUGCUGCCCAACAGCGUCCGACCCAUGCGCUAUGUGGUCACAAUACAUCCCAAUCUGACGACGCUGGACGUGAAAGGUCAAGUGACUAUCGAUCUGUUCAUCGAGAAGGAGACCAACUUUAUUGUGCUGCACAUACAGGAUCUGAAUGUAACCGAGAAGGCGCUGGUUACGCCCGGACCCAAGGGAUAUGCUCUGAAGAUAGUCAAGGUGCUGGAAUUUCCGCCACGUCAGCAAUUCUACAUUGAAGUCAAAGAGAAGCUCAAAAAGAAAUCCAAUUAUACACUCAAUUUACGCUGGUACUCCAAGCUGAAUCCCGAGCCGGAGGGCUUCUAUGUGGAUCAAUAUGAGAGCUUCAAUGGACGGGAUCGUCUGCUGGCAGCCACAGUCUUUAGACCGAAUGGUGCACGACGCGCCUUUCCGUGCUUCGACGAGCCACACGUACGUGCGCCCUUCCGUGUCUCCGUUUUCCGUGAUCGCUUCCACAUAGGUCUAUCCAAUUCCAUAGUGCAUACAACUGAGGAUGUGGGCUUCUACAUGGGCACCGGCCUGUUGAGAGAUGACUUCAUUGAAACGCCUCCACUGCCGGCUGAUGCUGUUGCCUGGGUGGUCAGCGACUUUCAGCGCGAGUCGCUGCAGCCCUCGGCCGCCUAUAUACCCACUACAGUGGCGCCACCUAGCGCUGCCGGCGGCAAGAAGCCAUCUCAGCUGAACAACUACACGCAAUUGAAGAGCAAAAAUCCGCCCGUACGCAACAUUACUGCCUUGACGCACUCGCUGAAUGUGAACUUGACGCCCUUCCACAAUGUCAGCACCACGACGACCACAUCGCUGCCCGUGAUUAUCAAUGGCAAUGGGAAACCCUCGAAUCUGACCUCGUUGUCGCAGUCGACGGGCUCGUCCAUCAAACGUGCUCCCUCGUAUACGUUCUAUGCGCCGAGGGAUCUACUGCCGCGCUCCUCCUUCAUUCUGCACACGUCCCGAGAUGUGCUGGAGUAUCUGCAGACCUGGCUGGACAUCAGUUAUCCUCUGACCAAGGUGGACUUUGUGGCGUUGCCUUCGCUGGAUCGCAAUUUGAUCUCCUCGUUGGGUCUGGUCACAUUGAAGACCGCAUUUCUCACCGACCCCAAUUCCAUAACCACGGAGCAGUAUCAGUUCAGUGCACUGCGCAUUGCGGAGGCCAUGGUGCGUCAGUUCUUCGGCGGCAUCACCUCCCGCAAGGUGCUCAAGGACGUCUGGCUGUGGGAGGGCCUCAUUCAAUAUCUGGGCAUCCAUGCGCUGGCUCCCCUGCAGGACAGCUGGCCGCUGCGCGAGAUGUACCUGCUGAAGAUGGCCACCACGGCGCUGGACAUUGAUGCCAUUCAGGGCUGGGACAGCAUCAUGAACGGCACGCGCCACGACGGCAACAACGAAGAGUUCUUCGUCCAGAAGACGGCCGCCAUUUUCUCCAUGCUGCACACGGCCAUUGGCGAGGAUCGCUUUCGUGGCUGCCUGGGCACCUUCCUCAAGCUGAAUCGCUUCAAGACCGCCGAGCCCACUGAUCUCUGGACCAUAUGCACCAAGAAGGCCAACGGCUCGAAGAACAUCAAGGACAUGAUGACGCUGUGGACACAUCAGCCAGGCUUUCCGCUGCUCACCGUCACCAAAAUGGGCAACAGCAUAUCCAUAUCGCAGCGACCUUUCAAGCCAGCCGACUUCUUGGCCAUACAUGAUGAGUCCUACGAUGGCAACAACUACAACCAGACGCUAGUGAAUGCCACCGACAUGCCCAGCACUGUGCCACCCACCCAUGCCAACAAGCACAAGACUGCGCCGCAUCUCAAGUGGAUAUUCCCAGUGACGUAUAUCACGGAUAUGAACAACGCCAGCGAAACGCUCUGGAUGCAGAAUGUUGAUGUUACUUUCAAUGUGCCAGAGAAUGUGAAAUGGAUCAAGGUGAAUGCCAUACAGAACGGUUACUAUCGCGUCAUCUACAAUGAUGAGAACUGGGCCAGUCUCAUCGAGGAGCUGUCCAAUAAUCCCAAACGUUUCACCAGUGAGGAUCGAUUGGGUCUGCUGUCGGAUGCGUUUACGCUGUGCCAUGCGAAUCUCCUGCCCUGUGAGAUUACGAUGAACAUGAUCCAAUAUUUGCCCAGUGAGACGCACUACGGCCCAAUGGCAUUGGCUGUGCGACAUCUGGAGAAAUGGCGUCGCAUACUCAAGUAUUCCGAAUGCUUCCUGAUGCUCAGCGAGUUCAUCAAAAUGAAACUGUCCACGGUAAUGGAGAAGGUGGGCUGGGUGGAUGAGGGCGAUGUGGCCAUCAGGCUAAUGCGCCCGGAGGUGCUGCUGGCGUCCGUUCUGUGGGAGGAUAUCGACAGCAUAACCAAGGCCAAGAAUAUGUUGAAUCAGUAUCUAUACUACAAUGGCUCGGCCAUAGCGCCCAAUCUGCGCGAGGUGGUCUACACGGGCUCCAUUCUGUCCGGCGAGUAUAUCUAUUGGCAGCACUGCUGGGAGCGCUUCAUCACGCUGCAGCGCACCUCGGAGACAUUUGUGGAGCGAAUGCAGCUGCUGCGCGCUUUGGGACGCACUAAGGAUGCCUGGCUGCAGAAUCGUUUGCUCUCACACGUCACCAUGCUGCCCACCGAGGAGGUGGUGCAGGUGCUCAAGGCCAUUGCCGGCACGCCCACAGGCGGGGCAAUGGCCUGCCGCUUCCUGCAGGCCAAAUGGUACGAGCUAGAGAAGCGUCUGGGACCAGGCACCAUUAGCUUUGCCAAAGUGAUAUCGGCCAUAACGCAAUAUGGCGCAACGAAAUUCGAUUACGAUGAGCUAAAGUCCUUGGUGCAUCGUUUUGGCCGUGGACAGGGCAUGUCCGUGCUCAACAUGACGCUCAGCAGCGUUGCCUCCAAUGUGGAAUGGGUGGCCAGAUCUCAGACAUCGCUCUACAAAUGGGUGGAAAGUAAUUUGCAUUCGCAUCGAUAGAGCGCUACGCGGCUAUAAACAAAGUAUAUAUAUAUAUAUAGAUCUGUAUGAAUUUUAGUUGAAUUAUGUUCUCUGGAGCGAAACGAAACGAAACUCCAUUUUUCUCGCUCUAUCUCUCAACUCAUUUGUAAUUAUGUUCCUCGAAUGACACAGACAUGGAUAUACACACACACAGAUAAAGUAAUCGACGAACUCAUGAAUUAUUUAAAGUAAUUACUAAAGUAAUAUAAUAAUUACCAUAUCAUUGCCAUACACUUGCCAUAUACAUAUAUUGACAGGGUCUUGAGAUCUCUUCAUUAGUUGUGUUUUUGCUUUGACUUCCUACUUACGAAAUUUAGUUAACAUAAAGAAAAGAAAAGCAAAAAGCAACUGUAAAUUAGGUAAACAAACACACCAAUCUCUUAUACAUAUAUAUAUAAAUAUUAAAAAUCGGAAAUAUGCAUACUUGAUGCCAUUUUCUAUUAUCUACAACUGAACACAACAGAUAUAUAUAUGUAUGUGUAUCUAUAUUGUAUAUGUAUGUAUAUUUUACAAAAAAAGAAGAAAAAGAAAACAAAGGAACAUAGCAUAUAAGACAAAGACAAAGAAGAAGACGAAGUUGAAGAGAAAACACAGAUCAACAUAUUUUUUCAGCAAAAUCUAAAAAGAAACACUUUAAAGAUAAAAAAAACAAUCCAUAUAUAAACGAAAUUAUGAUAAAAUGUGUAUAGCAUAUUAUAUUAUAUUAUAUAUUAUUAUACUAUAUAUAUGCAUAUGUAUAUGUACGUAAGACUCCUUUAACGCUAUGCUGUAUGUGUGUGCGUGUGUGUAUAUGUAGUUGUAUAUGUGCGCAUUGAUCUAAGUAUAUACAUAUAUCACAGAACUCUUCCCCUUCGUAAACUCCAUAUAGACAUAGCCCAUGGAUAUAUGUACAUACAUACAUACAUACAUACAUACAGACAUACACUAACUAACUAUCUAAUGAAAAACUCAACUUGACACUUUUUAUUUGUGCACAAACAAAUUCAAGUUUUUAAUUUUCUUGACAUUUCAUGCAGUAGAGGCUCGCUUAAAAGAACAAAUAUUUUCAUUAUA